ACCGUAAAAAGCCUCGUUGUGAAUAAACCAAAAUAAACUGACUGACAACUAUGACACGAUGAAUAUAUGAUAGCUGAACCAACGUAGCUGCUUAUUGCAUACAGUCCACUGUUUUGUCUUUUUGUAAAACUAUAUACUGUAUAACUUCUAGCAUGGACAAGGAAAAUAUCCAGACUUUUCAUAUUCAGUGCUUUCAAAGAUUGGUAAAGUCACCAUUUACGCAUACCCUUGCCUUCUAACUUUUUCUUAUCUUAGUCUCAGUUAACCGUACCAAAGUACCAAGGUCUCAGAGUACUUAUCAGAACGACGUCCACUGAGUAUUGAGUUUAUAGCCAACUCAACCAAGUAACUCUUCUGUCUUCUACUGAUUCAGUGGUUAUUAAAACUUAUUUAUUGUACGUAAAAAAUGUGGCUGCGGCUAUUCGUAUCCGGGUAUCAGAAAUGAGAGUUUGGCUUUAUUAAAAAGUAAAAGAAAUAUUGUAGGGUUUGUAAGACAAAAUUAUUUAUCAGUAGAUGAUUAGUAUCAAUGAUCAAUCAAAUAAAUGAUUAGGGGUGUGCCGGACCCCGGUCCGGAAUCCGGUUCCGCCGGAUUUUGCAUUAUCCGGUGAAAUCCGGUUCCGCCGGAUUUACAUGUAUCCGGAACAACCGGAUUCCGGAAUCCGGAAUAUACCGGAUCUCGGAAUUUGCCAGAUUUUGUGACUCACCGGAUCAUAAUCUGAAAUAAAAGUAAUUCUCUUUCCCGAAUUUCACACGAUCACGAUACAUUAAUCGAUUGUUUCGAGCGUUGAGCUUGUUUAAUGUUUAAUAUUCCGUACAUACCAGAGGCUAGAGUCAGCACCGCUAAUAGUGGCCAAUAGUGUAGGGACUUUGAUAAGAAAAUUUAAACUUUUUGUAAAAAUAAACCAAUGGCAUAGUUGAAAAGAUGUAAUUUUUUAAAGAAUUAUAACACCAAAAUCAUAUUUUUAGCUGUUGUAGUUUUAAAGUUAUGAAUUUUUAAAGUACGACUUGGUUUGUCAUUUUUUAACAUGGACUGCAUCUCCACAUUCUGUGAUCUCAUUCCACCAAUCCCGUCAUGCGCAAUGACUAUAUAGUUUAUAUAAGGCAACGCAUUCCCUGCCUUAUCACUAAAAUACUGUUUAGACUUAGUUUAAACUUUCAACUUUGGCACAUGAAUAAUUAAUUAAAGCUUUCCCUGACCAAUGGUUUAAUAGUUUUUGCACACGGCAAACUCUUAUGAAUGAAACUCUGAGGUAGUACUACGAUACAGUUAUGCAAGUGGCUGUGAAUGGUUGCCAAUGACAACGUGUUGCACACGGUAAAUUCUGAUCAUUUAUAAUAUGGAUUCUACCGGGUUGUUAAAGCUCAAAUUAAAACAUUCCAGUUUAAAUGUCUUUAAAUGCAUUCUGAAACACAAGUUAUCAAUUAUUUUGAUGUAAAUAGUGAUAAUAAAUUAAUAUUUCCUAAGUAUCGUCAACUUCCGCCAUUAAAAAGGGGGGCGUGGCCAACCCCAUGGCGAAAUUAGGUUGAGCGAGCUGCAUAACCUGCUGCGAACGCGUAGAAACAUGGCGUCUCUCGUAAGACACUUAUCCAAAUGGAACGGAACUCAAAUAUAUAUCGAAAGUACUAAUUUAAUAAUAAAUAGACACACACAUCGGAAAAUUAAAAACUCGGAUUUUUUGGCGCCGAUUGCGAAUUCCCAUACACAAAAAGUAGUAGUCCACCUUGACUUACCGAAGUAUCUACCAAUAGUACCAAAAUCCGGAAUCCGGGAGAAACCGGAAUCCGGAUCCGGCGGAUUUCGCAUAAGAAAAUCCGGAUCCGGAUCCGGUUGGAAAAAACGGAUCCGGCACACCCCUAUAAAUGAUAAUUGAAAGGAUUAUAUUUUUGUAAACAUUCUUCUUCAGUUUAACUAAAAUAAAAUACCACAAAUGAAAUCAGAAUAGCAUUUAAUUUAUUCUUAAGGGACCCGGACACACAUAGUCGGCCUAGCUGCUAUUCGGACUCGGGUCCCUUUGCCUUUAGACUAAAUGCUAUUUGCAGUUGGGAUGUCAUUAUUGUCAUUUGUGGUAGUUUAUUUUAGUUAAACUGAAGAAGUACGUUUAUAAAAAUAUAGUCCAUUCCCCAGAAACCCUCCCUAAUUAAAAAAAAAAUAAAAUAAGAAGCAAUAACUUGUACUUGUAUUAUGUGAAUACAAACAUCGAAAUCUUUUUAGUACGGUGCUGUAGGCGGAAGUGGACCUGGGGGGAACCUCAAUGACCUAUAUACAGUGGAAAACAUUGCCGGCCUUACCGCUAACCCAAAAUCAACCUUUAUAUUAUAUAUUUAAUAUUAUAAUAGAAGUGAAUGGUGGAAGUGAAAGUCAAAGUGCUUGGGCCCUUGGCAUAAUUAAUUAUGUACCUUAAUUAUUAACACCAAAAGUAAAUUAGGCAAAAGCCAACAAUUGCUGUCAAUUAGGCCACAUACAAUUACUUACCUAAGGCUAAGGCCUAAGGGAUAUGAUUCAGGGCGACAUAUGUAAAAGUUUUGUUGUUCGUUGUGUUGUCUACUGCAUUAAGAAUGUCUCGUGAAUAUUUGUUAACUAUAUCUUUUAAAAAUAGAAAUGGGGAAAUGUGGUAACUUUGGGGCUUUUAAAAAUAAAAAAAUAAAUAACUGAUAACCCCAUUUCUAUAAAAGCUAUAAAGAUGGAAAUGAUGUUUUUAUAAGCUUGUAGCUAUCCCUUUAAAAUGAUGUAUCUUUUAUGGCAAUCAAACAAAAUAUUAAAUGUUUUGCAACUAUAAUUAUAACUAUGUAAAUGUAUUAAGUCAGUAUUGGUCCACUGCUUAUUUAGUCCAUAGAAAAGAGGAAAUACACAAAAAGUUAUGAAGUAAUAACAAACUACUAUAGUAUAUAAUAGCAAUGAUAAUUAUAGUGUCGAUAGAUGUGAUAAUUUAGAUGAGUUCUUUGAGUCAAAUGGCUUCAACUUAAAGUCCCCUUAGUUGAUGCUUACUUAAUCCAUACUGACAAUGAAAUGAAAUGGAAGACGAUUUAGUCUUUGUCAUUCCCAACAUUGAUAAAACUGCAUAAUAUUCCCACAAUGAAGCUUUUACAAAAAUGACAUCAUUUGACAGUACUGAUAUAUAAUGCAUAUUUAGUUCAUAAUUUCAAUGCUAGUGUUAAAAAUGAAGCUAUGUUCUCAUGUUACAAUAAGAGUCCUUAAUCAUUGAUAUGUCCAUGGUUAAAGUAAAUAUGAUUGCCUACAUUGCCGGGAUGAUCAUUGCAUCCUUAGAACUUAUGAUGAUGACAAAGCUACUGGUUAUAAUGUUAAAAGUUUUUGAUUAAUGUAAGUGGCUGUAGAUUAGAUGCUCCUUAAGGCCAUCAUAAUCUGGAUGAUUGUGACACAUUCCAUUUAGAAGACCUUGUUAAACUCAGAAUAAAUGUUGUUAUGAUGAGCAAUUUAGUUUAUCACAUGGUAGACCAUGUCUUGAUUUCUGUAAGGAUAAAGCAGUAGUUUUCCUCUUUGGUUGAUGAUGUUGCCUGAUGGUUAGACAGAGGAAAGGAAAUCUGAAAGUAUUAACAAUGUCCAAAGAAUUAAACAUCAUUUCCAAAUAAGAAGAAAUUUCAAUUCCAUUUUAAUUGAAAAAAUUCAGGAAUUACUAAAAAUUUUUUAAAAUUUAUAAAAGAAAUUGUUAUGGAAUACUUCAUAUCCUAUACUUGAAAAUAACAUGACAGCAAUGAAUGAUGUAUUCAAAUUGAUCAAAUAUAAAGUUACGGGUCUCCAUCAGUGUAGGUAUUGUUUGAAGAUACUCACAGCUCUCUGUCACUAGAGCUGAAAUAUAUAUAUACAAAUUUAAUAAUAUACGAUAUUAGGCAAUAUGUCAAAGGUGUAUAAACCAGUUAAAAGGACAAUCAGAAAACGAUUCUUUUUUAGGAGGAAAUAUAUCAGCCUAAAUAUUGAAAAAAGAGAUUUUUUAAAUUUAUGGGUGAAUCAUUUUUUCCCCAUGAUUUGUUGAAUGGAAUAUCUGUGCUUAAUCCUAAUAAUAUUAUUAUUAUUUCCAAAUAAUUAAUGUAAUAUUGUCUAGUUAUAAAAGUAUGUAUGAAUUACCAAAAUCUUCUAAUAAUAAUUGUUCUAUUAUUGUGUCCUGACAGUUCAAGUUUUUUUUGUAUUAGUUAUAUAACCUGUUUACAAAACUAAAUAUAUAAACUUAUUUUCCGGAAAAAAAUCACAAUCUUAAGUUUAAAUACAUUUUUGAUAACAAUUUAUGAGUAGGAAAUCUUUGAAAUGAUGUAGAUGGUACUUAAUUAUUUGAUUUCUGUAGGAUUUCAAUAAUUCUGCCGAGCUGGGUAGUGUAGACGGAGACUAGGAUAGGUCCUAAAAUCUGAGCCUUGUGGCACGCCGCAGGUAACAGAAGUGUCAAUGGAAGAUGCUUGAUUCACUACAAUACGUGGAUUCCUGCCAAUCCAUUUCCCUUUCCCAUAAAUUGUUUGGCACAAGCCUUUUAAUUAAGUACUUACAAUCAUGGAUAUACAGCAGAACGUUCACACACAAGCAGAACACAUACAUUAGUUUUUGGAACGGAUGUUAAUGAGAAGGGCUCUUGUACUCUUGUCCUGACUUAUCAGAAACCAUUUUGACAUAGUAGUGGUCAGUACAGGACUGCUCCUCUCUGUGAUUUAUAUUAUGUUUCUAGGUGUGGAGGCAGACAAAAGCACUAUUGUGACAGACAAAAUCAUAGUUGAGACAUACAAAAAUCACAACGUGACAUACAUAAUCCAAAAAACUCCAGUUUCACAGAUAUUAAUGAAAUGUUUUAUUACUGAAAUGUUUUAUUACUGAAAUAAAAGUUCUUCUGUAAUCCUUACUAGUUCUAUCAUUGUUGACUAUCUCUAGGUUUCUCUAUAGCUAUAUGUCAAUUUUUCCUUUUUCAGUUUGACUGUCUUGACUCAAAUGUCUCUACUCGGCUCAAAUCUGUUCAAGUGAAUCGUCUCAACCGGUCAACUUUAUAGUCUUAACUCUUCAACGUCUAGUGUUCCGAAACUCUUUAUAUCUACCCCUCACAUUACAAAAAACUAACCAGCAUUCAAAUCCCACGGUUGCUGACUUGGUACAUUACUAACAGCAACAUUCUCCUGACCAAAUCCUUUACCCCAUUUAUAUGUCUAUUCCAUGUCUCUACCCCGUUAGUAACAUCUAUCAAGUUUAGGUUUUUCUAUCACUGAUUAAACGCUAUCCAGGUCAGUGCAGGGUCCUCCCUAACUUUUUAAUCCUUGUCCAGUAGCUAAGACCAUUAUUACCACAUACACCCCUAGUUAUUUGUGACAAUUCUAUUUAACAAUUUUGACACUCCCACCCCCCUCCACCCCCUUCCCAAUAUUGCGUGACAUCUUUACUUGUGUGGCCCCUUUAUUAAAAAACAUGGAUUAAGUUAGUUUAUGUCAUGAUAGUAUGUUAGGUUGGCAUAUAGUUCAUAUACUACAUACAUUCUUUAAAAAAUUAUAAAAAAAGACUGUAGUAAGAGCUAGAAAUUUCAAUUUUAAAAAAUGAAAGACAAAUGUGUUUUAGUAAUCUUUGACUUAUUUGUGUGAGGAAAUAAGCUAUAAAAAACGUAUGGGAAAACCUUUUUCAAGUCCCCAUAAUUACUACUUUGUUUGAGCCUUAAUAAGGAUUAAUACCAUGGACCAUUAUUUUUAUGAUCUACAACUAUUAGUUUGUUAAAGCAAUUUCCACCCUUGCAUGACAAAAUAUAGUCAAUUGAUCUUGUUGACAUUCAAGUGAGCAUUUCAUAAGUUUGUUACUUGAGUUGAUUAAUGAAAAUUUCCACCCAUAAUGUAGAAUUCACAAAUUUUACUUGGUAUUUCAAUGCCACUGCGUCAUUUACUGGCAUAACUGUCAUACAUAUAUUAUGUGUCAUAUAUUUGUAUUAUCAGCAUACUUUAACAUAUUUUAACUUACAGGGCUGACCUGAUGGAGGUGCCAGGAGCUGUGACCAGAACCAUAACAAAUGAAACUUUUAUGGAUGACCCUGGCACAUCAAGUGCUGAUGGCACACCUCCACCUCCAGCUUCACCCUUUCUAAACACAGGUACAAUCUACUUAAAAUGAAUCAUAUAGAGAGUUUUCCAAUUUGGAUGAUAAUUCUAGUGCUGUAACACAACUACAGGAAUGAAUACUUUUUAUGUGUUAAUAGAAUAAAAUAAUUUAAAAAUUAUGCAAGUACAAUUUCCUUAAGGCUUCUUUCUAGGUACUUUUUACAAUCAAAACUGCUUUCUAAAAAGCUUGAGAGAAGAGUUAGUUCAUAAACAAAAUGAUGAACCGUAAAUAUAAAAUAAUUUUAUCGCCAAUUGUUUCUUAGUGUUCUGCUUAUAGUUAUUCUCGUAUUAAAUUGUUUAUCAGGACAUCGACUGGGUCCAGACAGUGGAAUCAGUCCUAUUACUUCAGGCAACAAAUCUGAUGGAAGGUAAUUAAUCAUGAAUUUUGUGUAUUGAAAUUGGAAAUCAUUUUGAAUAUAUUUUUCUAACAACCAAAAAAUAUAACAUCAAGCAUUUUCUCCAUUUCUUAGCAAAUAGAUAACAUUAAAAGUUAUCUGAGCCGAGUUAUCUGAAAAUCCAGCCAAAUUUGUAUUUUGGGCGCCUAUGAGCUUUAUGUGCCUUUUCCUGAUAGGUGGAGUUAUCAUCUUCAUUUGAGGGAGAGAACUGUGCUACUAAGUACUGUUGCUACUUGUAUUUUCAGAAUUCAUCUAGUUUUGAGAAAGAAGACUGUUUAUAACAUGGCGACUUUUGCCCAGGAAAACCCACUCCCACAUAUUGGGUAAAUGUUAAAACGAGAAACAAAAAGUUUGAUUUAUUUCAGUGUACAAUUUAUUUCUUCUUUUCCUUUCAUCACAGCAGUAUAUAAUUUAUUUUGUCUUAUGCAUUUCUAUUUUGGACAAAGAUGAUCGGUCAGAACUCAGAUGGAACUUUGAGUGAGAUUGAACUAAUUGUUUGCUAUUAUUAAUAUUAUUUUCUCAAUGUGAUUAUUUUUAUGUGUUUAUUCAUCAAGUUAAAUUUAAAAAAACACAGCCACAUUCUUUGUAGGCUUGAUCUUAAUUGUACUUAAAAUUCUGUUUUGAAUCACUGUGCAUCAUUUUCAUUUUGUUUGCCCACAUAUCUAGGAAAACCACAAGGCCAAAUCAACUAUACUUAUUUCUUUUAUAUCAGAAACUAUUAUGCCCGUCAUAUAUGCCAGUUAUAGUUAAUAAUGGUGUUGGUGAUAAACUAUAUUUAAAUAUUAGUUUCAUUUGAAGUUUUUAUAGACAAAGAUAAAAUUGUGAAACUUUUCAUUACUAACACAAUUAUUAUAAACAAUUGAGUUUGAGAUCUGGGAAGAUAUAAUUGAAAAACUUCAAAGAUAUAAAAUGAGUUUAGCCAUGUUAAGUCCUUGGUAAUAGUAAAAUCAAAAUGAAUACUUAAAGAUCAGGACUUAACCAGACUUAAACUCCUUGGUGCUCUUAGGCAGUGUUUUUUUCCAUGGUACCUCUUUCAAAAUAAGAUGAUAUAAAUAUUAUAUUGAUUGUUAGUAAAAAUCAUUUUAGCACCCCCAUUUUCUUGGCGCCCUUGGGCGACACCUGAACUCACCAGCCUCAUAGACCAGCACUGCACCUUUAUCAGUAAGAUGGCAUACUGAUUUUUUUUUUUUUUUGAAAACUAGACCCAGCCUACCAUAAGGGUAUAAGUGAUAUUGACACAAUUCUAUUCCAGCUUCUGUUAAAUUAUUGUCUAUUCAUUAUACGAAUCUGUUUGAACUUUAUGAGGAAAAUAUGUGGCAUGCAUUUUUAAUGUUCAAAAAUGAUCAUUUGAAAUAAAUGGUAUUUAUAGAUUGAUAUUUUUAGAGUUUAUUUGAUAUUUUGUUAAAUCUUAUUUAUUAAUUACUAUUUAAAAAAAAAAAAAUGUGAUUAUGAUAUCGAUAUAUCAUCCAGGUUAAAUCUAGUUUUGACAAGAACUUAAAUCUAGAAUGUAUUAGAGCCAUUCAUGAUCACUUUUCAACUAGUCUUAUAAGUGUAUCAAGUGUAUAUUUUUUUAAGCUUUUAGAGAUAACUUGUGUCAUCAAUAUUUUGUAACUUAAAUGCACCUUAAAAGAUUCAAAUCAAAAUAGAGCCAUUGUUUUCUUGCUGAAUUUUCUUGUGUAUAUUAAGAGCUUCUAUUUGCACUGUUGUACUCUUACUUACCUUGCAGUCCAAGCCCAAGUCCUAAGAGCCCAGCCAAGAAAGUCCCAGAUGUAACUGUAAGCUUUGUUUUUGAAAGUUUAUCUGUCACUAUGCACUAAAGCUCAAAUGGGUCAUAUUUAUUUACGGUCCACACCCUGUGCCUAUAGUAUUAACCCAUAAUGUUCCAUCUACACUUGUAAGUUGUUAAUGCAUCAGUCAUUUACUUUCAUAAACAAAUUGUAUUUUACUCUCAACUGCAUCAUUGAUAUGUCCACUGAUUAUUCUCAACUCCAUCAGUCAUAUGUUCAUUGAUUAUUCGCAACUUCAUCAGUUAAAUAUCCACUGAUUAUUCUCAACUCUCCUCCUUAUAGAGGAGUUCCAGCUGCUACAGGUCAUAGGUGGUUGGUCCAUCUUUGAUCUGUGUUAGUCUAAUUAUAGAUGCAGUGCAGAUUAAAGCCUCAAUAGUAAAAAUUAAAGACUCAUCCUUCAGUUGUAUCAUGGGAAACUGUAACUGCAUUUCUAAUUAAAUAGGUUUUCAAUCUACUUUUGAUGCCGCACCCAUUAUAAUAGAGAUUAUAAAAAAAUACUUUUCUUCUACUUCAUCAGGAACUGCCCAUCAAUGUGAGUAAAUCAAGGACACUUCGUUUCCAUAAAUUAUUCAAGUCUGCUCCAGUUGAAGAGUAUCCUAUUGAAUGUAAGUUUGCUUUGGCACUGUAAAUAUUGAAUGUUAGUCUGGCGUGGCACUUUAUAAAUUAUGUAGUUUAAUAUCACAAAAGCUCAUAACAGGAUUCACAGGUCUUUGUAGGAAUCUUUAAACCCCUAAGUCAAUUUCAGUAAAAUCUAGGCAGCUAGAAUAAUUACAUUUUAGAUUUAUAUUAUCAUGGAUUUUAAAUAUUCUUUUUUGGAUAGAUUUGAUGGAUUUAAUGUAGUUUAAGCUGCUGUCAUUGGAUUAAUAUAUGCUUAGAUAAUGCAAUGUCAUUAAAAUAAUGUCUCUCACUAAAUUUUUUGUUAUAGUCAUAUCAAAAGAUUCCUUUAUUGUAACCACAAAUCAUAACAAUGUCUUGCAGCCUUCUCCUGUGCCUUCAAAGGGGACAUACUGCUUCAUGGUCAAAUGUAUGUCUCCCAUAAAUGGGUAUGUUUCUACUCAAAGAUCAAGGCAAAGGGACGUUGUGUAAGCUUAUUUUUCCUUUUUGCUUUCACUUCCAUUUACUGUUGGCUAUAAAAUAAUUAAAUACGUAGAUUUGAAAUUAUAUAUUUAAUGUCAGUGUUGUGUUAUGUAACCUCUUUGUUUUUCGUUCAGCUCAACAUAUUGACAUUAAGUUAUGCUAUCAAAAAUGUUAGUUGAAGUCUAUUAUUGAUUACUUAUUUUUCUUGCACACUUCUAAGGUACCUGUUAUAGUUAAGAUAGAAAAAUUACUCAUUUUGUAAUUCGAAUACUUAUACAGCUUUAUAAAUUAAAUUUAAAAAAAACAACCUACUAAACCUUUAAAUCAAAAUCACACUGGGAAAUAGGCGGAAAAAAAAAGUGGGGUGUGGGGGGGUAUAUAUUCCAUUACACAUAUUCCUUUACUCUAUUAUUUCUAGAUCCGGCUACCCAUGUUUUCACUAAUUGAUGCUUUCAUUUAAAAAAACUGCUUCUUGAAAAUGAUGUCCCCCUGCUUACAGUAUUAUGCUAAGUUUAAGCUUCCUCAUGCUUAAUUUUAUUACCAAUGCAAGUCAGCCAGAGAAGAAUUUUUUUUUAAUCAUUUUGUUUUGUUGACUUGCUAGGUUUAUUAUUAUAUUUUGUAGGGAUGUUCUGGAAUAUAAGUUAUUUGUUUUUAAAUUAAAUAUCUUUUAAAUCUUUGAUUGAAAUAAUUUAUGCAAACACCCUGCUUCGGUUUCAGUAAUAAAACUAUUGACCAAUGAACGUAACAAAAUAACACCAUUAAAUACCUAAUUCCUGAUGUAUUUUACCCAGAAAACAAUUUAUGUAAAUAUAGGUUCAUGUAUCCAACAUGAAGUGUGUUAAAUUUCAAUAUUUUCCAUAGAUUGAAAUCCCCUUUGAUAAAAUUAUCAGCAUCACAAGAGAAAAGUUGGCUUUGAUCAUUCCAAAUGCCAUUGGUAUCCAGAUAGCAGAUCACAAGGUAUGUAGAUGAAUUCUAGAUGAAGACAAGGUUACUAGAACUAUUCAUUAACUGCCUUUUGUGUUCUGGUUUUGAGGGUCUUUUUCUAAAAAGUGUAUUUUCUUUAUAUUGAAAAUCAUUCUAAGCCAUGAUUUUUAUUUAUUUAUUUUUGUCUACAAAACUUGGGUAUUAUUUAAAUGCAGAUACUAAGAAAAUGGAUUUUAAAAUUUUGUCUACAUCUCCUGGACAAGAUAAAAUAGCCAGUAUCAGCCCACAAAAAUUGUGUCAUCAGUUUUAAAUAACAUCAACAGUCACGCUAUUAGACAUAGUCACAAACAGUAAAAUAAGUGACAAAAACAUGCACACAAGUCACUUAACUUUUGGUUCAGACCAGCACCUUUUCCACCUUUGUCAUGACACAACCGACUAACUAAUCUCGAAGUCCAGACAUACAACAUUCAGAAAUUUAAAAGAUAUAAGCUUUAAAGAAGAUUCCUCAGAGGGAGAAUCAUCAUUAAAUAAGAUUCUAUGGAUCACACGAUGCCCAUCUCAUUGUUUGGUAAAAUGCCCACAAGUACCUUUUUUAUUUGUAUUAUAACCUGGCAACUAAACAGUAUAUGAUGACUCACUGAGCAAAAAGUUCUGGUUUAGAUUGAUGUGGAAUAGUUAGGACAUAAGAUGCUUUUAUUGAUUCAAAAUAAAUUGGAGGUUGCCUUGAUUGCAUUGUACAUAUAUUGUUUUCAGUUUUGAAAGUCCUUGUGUUUUUGUAGUUUCUUAAAAUUGGUAUGUAGCAAAACAUUCUGUGACUCAUUUUGUGGUCAGAAUAGCUGUUAGGUUCUUGAGUGUACUUUGGCAUUUUGAACUGCAAGCUCAGAUCCCUUAUUUGAAAAUAAAGUUAAGGACUGGUAUCUGUAUUAAUAUGCUAGUCUUUCUUAUUUAAGUUUUGGUUAAUUAUGUUACAUUAGAUAUAGGAAUGUAUUUUGUCACCAAGGGCUUAACUACAAGGAGUUAAAAUUUCUUUUAUUGAUCCAAGAUAGGAUAUACAAAAGCAUUGCUUCGUUUUGUGUAUGAAAAUAUUUUUACUUUUGAGACUCUGUCAUCACAUAAAUUUACAACAUUCACAUGCACGAGACCCUUUAAAUAAGUUUGUCACUUGAAACCAAAUUUUUUUUUAAAUAGAUUUUUUUUUCUGUUAAACUAUAAUUCUCAACAACUUGGUAUGAGUGAGCAUCUAGACUGUGGCUAAAAACUAAUUUUAACUAAUGGAAUGCAUUUUGGAAAUUGAUUUUGAAAUCAAUAAGAACUUAGUUUAAAUAUUUAUUGUUUAUAAUAAUUUUGACUUCUGGAGAUUAAUUAAAUACAAGAUAAAACCAUAAAAUAUUCCAAUUUUCUUUUCAGUAUAUAUUUGUAGUGAACGUUAAUAUAAUAAAUCUUUGUCAGUUCAUUAAGUUGAGAUUAAUCAAGAAUUUGAGGCAGUUUAAAUUGUUAAUAAAAUUUGUCAAAAUAUGUUUUUGGAGUUCCAAUUAAGUAAGAAUUUUAAAAAUAUGAAAAUGAGACUAUCAUAUUUUUUUUUACAGUAUGUUUUUGGAUCGUUCAUCUCAAGAGAUUCCACCUACAAAAAAUUGGUAUCAUUGUGGAAACUUAACCAAGAUUUGGUAAGUUUGUAAUAUUUGGCUGAACAUAUUGGAGUAGUUUGUUUAUUAAACAUUCUUUUGCAGUUGUCAUAUUUAGUCAUUUGGUGGAAGUUUCGAUGAUUAGUUUAGUUUAGUUUUUCAAUACUGCUUUUACAAAAAAUGGGUGUCCUUCCAAAAAUCACUACAUAAGUUGACCAUUCAUAUAUUAAUGCUAUAAUGCUUAAUAUAAUUAUAUUGCUUAAUAAAAUCUUAUUAUGGAGGCAGUGCUAAAUUUUAUUCUAUAUUCAUGCGUGUAUAUUUAUUAUUCAUCAUAAGUAUUAUAACACUCAUAUUUUAAGAAUGCGGACUAAAUUACUAAAUUAGAAAUAAUUUGAUGCUUAACAAAUAAAUAAAACAUUAAAUGGCAAAAAAUCAUCACCAACAAAGACUACUGGAGAGGACAUACCAAGUGCCUAACACUGAAGACGCCAUAAGGAAAAGAUGGAGGUGGAUAGGGCACACUCUUUUUUAGCCCCCCGAUAACAUCACCAGACAAUCCCUAACGGAAUCCUCUGGGGAAAAAGGAAGAGGUAAAGGCCAAAGAAUAUAAAGAGACACGAGCUAUCAGCAGACGCACAAAGUAUGAGAUACACCUGGAAGCAAUUAGAAAGGAAAGCACAUUACCGAGAUAAAUGGUAAAUUCUUGAAGAUGGCCCAAGCCCCAUUCGUGGUAAAAGGCAUAAGUUUCAAAUGAACUUUGCUAGAGAGGUAUUGAGGUAUUCUACAUGCUAUGUGUUGAGUUCAAUAGGUCUUAUUUUGUUGAAAUAUCAAACAUAUUUCUCGCAAUUUUCAACUAAAGGUAUCAUAACAUAGCUUGUAACUCAAGUGUACCCCUCUUUUUGAUUGUUAAAUUAGUUGCAACAGUUGUCCUGAUCUCAAGAUUCUAUGGCAGCCAGUGUAGGUAUCACUCAUAAACAUUGUCAAACUUAUUUGUUCAGGCUCAUAAGAAAUAAAAGCUAAAGUUUAGUUCAGCAAUUAAAAUUGAUUGAAUUGUGAAGUAAGUGGCUCAUUCUUAACAAUACAUUUGGAUCCCAAGAAAUGUAUAUUUGAUUUGUACCAAUCAGUUGCAGUUGAACCAUUGAUACUCCUUGUGGUUAAAUAAUCAAGCCUGUCUCACAACUUCUCUCUCUAAGUUUUUAAUAUUUUCUGUGAUAUAAUAAUUUUAGCUUUUAAAAACUCUAAAUUGGUGUUAAAUUCAUCUGAAUUGCCUUAUAUUAAUUGAAUAUUGCUGAAAUUAUGCCACUAAUCAGUUAAUAUAUAUUGCUUUUCACUAUCUUUGAGGCUCUCUAUUCAAGUUUUAAAUAAAAUCUGAGCAUCUAUGUUGUUCUGCACACAACUCCAUAUUUGUAAAAGCACUUGUUUCACUCUGUCAACAAAGCAGGUUAUUUCCAUUCAAUGCAGUCUGCUUUUAUACCAAAAUAGAAUAAGUGUUAGCUAGUACCACAUAAACUUAAUUGUUGGUCAAAAUACACAAUAUCUUUUAAUUAUAUAUUUCUCUAUAAUUUAAAUCUAUCAGUUCUACAGAUUAAAGAAAUGCAGCCCUAAUCUGAGAUAAACUAAAGCAAUUUGUUCCUUCUUAUUCUGGUGAAAAUUGUCUAAAAUUGAAAUUUUUAAUAUCUACAAAGGUUGACUGAAUGGCUUGAAGUUAAAUUGGUUAAGGUGGCAUUAAAAACAUAAAAAUCUCUCUCUUUUAUUAUCAUUUGGGCCAAAUUCAAAAAUGUUUUUUUAAAAGCAAUCUGAUGGGGAAAUUUUGAAUGCUUCAACUUGAGCGAGUCAUGCAUGAUGAAGCAUGUAAAUGUAAAAGAAAGACAGAUGCCAUCAAUGUAAUUCAAAUGGUACUAUUAAAUGGAAAUAUAUCAUUUAUAUGUUAAUGUAUGAAACUGCAUGUAUAGUUCCACAAACUGUUUUUUUAUCAGCUCACAUUAGACACUGUAACUUCUUGAGAUGGAGAAUGUGUUCAUCUUCAGUAGUGUUUUACAAAUAAUCCAGUGGGAUUAGCAUGUAACCAAAAAAAUUUGAUAAACACCUCAUUAAAGUUUCAACCAUUUCAAUAUUAAAUUUCUGAAGUUAUGUCUCAAUGUUAAGAAAAUGUUAUAAUUAAAUAAAUUAAGUAGUAUUAAGUGAAAACAUUUAUGAAGUUGCUGAUCAGUUCAAAAUCAAUCGAUAUAAAUGUGUUUCAGAUAUUAGGAGAUGUUGGACAUGAACGAGCUAGUGUGUUAGGUCUCUCUCACAGUGGUGACAGCACAGAGAGUGACACAACAGAAGAUGAUAUUAAUGCGGAGGAUCAACUGGACAGAGUCUUACUCUCUGGAACACAUCGCAAAAUUGAUGUGGAUGUCCUAAGGCAUUCAGAUCCUUCCCUGAUUGUCAGGCAAACUGGCUCUCAGCCAUGUGAGUAGAUAAACAGACCUGUUUACCCUCAAACUCUCAAAAAUCGUACAAUAUCAUCACAUAAUCGUUCAUUACAUUCUCUAUAUAGAAAAAAAAAAGUGCAGUAUAUAUAUGAUGUAAACACCUCAAAAUCGUACAUUGCAUGCCAAAAUCGUAAGAGUAAACAGGUCUGGAUAAAUAAUAUAAAAGUAGUAUUGUGUCACACCUAUCAAAAGCGUACUGCAAGCUUGAUAAGAGUUAAAAUCAGGUCACCUUGGUGCAAAGCAACAUUCUUGAUAAAAAAAGAAAAGAGAUUCUCUUGGCUCAAAUAAGAAUGUCAGAGAGGGUUAGAAGAGAUUCUUGUGAGUACAAUAAGAAUGUCAGAGAGGGUUAGAAGAGAUUCUCGUGGGUCAAAUAAGAAUGUCGGAGAGGGUUAGAAGAAAUUCUCUUGGGUCAAAUAAGAAUGUCAGAGAGGGUUAGAAGAGCUUCUCGUGGGUCAAAUAAGAAUGUCAGAGAGGGUUGGAAGAGAUUCUCUUGGGUCAAAUAAGAAUGUCAGAGAGGGUUAGAAGAGAUUCUCGUGGGUCCAAUAAGAAUGUCAGAGAGGGUUAGAAGAGAUUCUCUUGGGUCAAAUAAGAAUGUCAGAGAGGGUUAGAAGAGAUUCGCUUGGGUCAAAUAAGAAUGUCAGAGAGGUUUAGAAGAGAUUCUCUUGGUCAAAUAAGAAUGUCAGAGAGGGUUAGAAGAGAUUCGCUUGGGUCAAAUAAGAAUGUCAGAGAGGGUUAGAAGAGAUUCUCUUGGUCAAAUAAGAAUGUCAGAGAGGGUUAGAAGAGAUUCGCUUGGGUCAAAUAAGAAUGUCAGAGAGGGUUAGAAGAGAUUCGCGUGGGUCAAAUAAGAAUGUCAGAGAGGGUUAGAAAGAGAGAAAAGUGAAGUGGACUAAAUCCUUGUUAUAAAGUGUACUAAGCUGUUUUCUGCUAUUCUUUGUUAAGUGCCCUAGUUCUCAUGACUGACCAAAGUUGAUAAAUUUUUGUUGUCAGGUUUGAACUGCAGAAGUGCAAUGAAUACAUUCUAUUCAUUUUCACUAAAACUCCAAAAGUAAGUCCAUAGUUACAUAUUGACGUCAUCUCCCUCUUAAUAUUUAUUUUUCAUUGGUUGCUUAGACAUGAUCUAAUAAGCUCAUAAUUCAAGAAAACUUUAAAAAAAUAAUUUUUUUGAGACCUAUCCCACCACACUUACCUGCAUUGACUUACACAAUAUAUAUUCUCCUUUCCAGAAUACCUGGUACUAACAUGCUACUUUGUAUUUGCACUAUUCUGUAAGUAUAUGAAAAAAAAGACAUGUAAAAUUCCAGUACUCUGUAACUGGGUAAAAACAAUUACUCAAUGUUAUUUUAUAUUUAUUUCAUCUUCAAUAUUACAGCAGCAGUAAAGAAAUUCUGCCUCUUAAAAAAAACUAUUUUAUUUAAUAAUUGCGAAAAAACAGCAUCAGUAAAAUUGAAAAUUAAAUAGUAUAAACCAACGCAACAAUAUUGUAGAUAUAACAAAUUUAUUGCUGCAAAAUUAGCAAAUGAUAUUUUAGCAUGUCAUAUUUAUUUUUCCACCACUUCAACGAGAUAACUGUGCUUCUUAUGUAGUCAGAUCAAAAUAUUUUGUUAAAAGCUUGAAAGUCAGCAGAAAUUGUGUUUUAUAAUUUUUCAAAUUUUCUUUUUUCAGUGUCUUGUUUCUGUUCCUGUCAGCCAUGGGACUUACCUACAAGAUACUCUUACUGCAAAGCAGACUGGAGAUCAGAAAUGUUUGGACACCGCAUGCUUCUAUUAGUUUUAGGUGGGGAAAUAACAAAUAUUGAAUUUUUUUAGAUACUAAAAGCAGCUCAAAACUUAACACUCUUUGUUUUUAGGGACAAAUAAUCCUAAUCAAAAUAAAUAUUUUUUGUCUUACACUUUAAAAAAAAAAAAUAAUGGUUUUCACCUUUAAAAAAAAUUGGCUGAUGUUUGAUCUAAAGUAGUAAUAAGGGGAGAGACUGCAAUCAGGUUAGCAAAAAAGGAAAUGAGUGAACCAAAGUAUAGGAAAACCUGAAAAGGGGAAUGCAACGAAACAAUGAAUGUUGUUUUGUUGCAUUCCCUUUUGAAGAUUUUCCCAUCCUUUGUUUCACCUAUUUCCUUGAUCUAAAGUAGCGUAUAUUGAGCUCCUUCUCCCUUUUCACUCCUUUCAAAUUGGGAUUUAAAGUUCUGAACCAUUUUGGAUAUUAUCAUUGUUGUAAACUUAACCGUUUCAGACCUGUUCACUCUUACGAUUUUGGGGUACAAUGUACGAAUUUGAGGUGUAUACAUUAUAUAUACUUUAUGUUUAUUUUUCUACUAUUAAGAUAAUGUAUUGAACGAUUUUGUGAUGAUGUUGUACAAUUUUAAGAGUUUGAGGGUAAACAGGUCUGCGGUUUUGUUUUACAUAAGAUUUUUGACAGUUUUUAAUUUAGAACUUUGUCUUGCUUGCUGGAUAUUUUCAUGUUUGUUGACUUGUGUUCCCAGAGACAGAGCAAUGAGCAACUUAUAUUGGUUGCAGACUGAGACUCAUACUGCAGUAGUUCGUCAGCUUCACAGUGUUUUGGAAGCUAACAUUCACCUGCUAGAAGAGGUUUGUUGAUUUUUUAAAAAAAGCUUGAUUUUUAUGAAGAACAGGGUCUUUGUAUAAUGAUAAUUUGGCAACCUUAAUCCAAUGGCUCUUGCCACUAGCAAUAAUUUUACACCACUUGCAAAUUCAUAUUGUCUGAAUUUUUUUCUUUUGAAGACACACACAUAACUGAUAUGUGCUUUAUUUUAUUAGAAUAGUGUAAUGAGAAUAGAAAAAUGCUUAAUUUUGAACAAGGAUCAACAUACGUUUAAAGAAUUUAAGACUGAGAAAAUACAAAUUAAUUGUUUUUUAAAUUGCUGGCUACUUUUAAAACUGACUGGUCUAUUUCUCCUCUUUUUCUCAUCAAAGGUUCAUAUUUUACUAAAGAGCUUACAUAGAGCCCCAGAUAGCUGUUCUGCAAACUGUAGCAAAGGAGGCAAAUGAUUGAGACAAGGCAGACUCUUUAAGUGCAGACCUGCACAUCCUUGCAUUGGUACAGGUUAUGUUAUAGAUACUUGCAUUAGCACUGGUGAUUUUAUAGGAAUAUUCACUGUUUGAUAGGACUUAAUUUUAUGGGCUACUUCACAAUGUUUCAUAAUCACAGUCAGGGUUAGAUUGUAUAUUGAGGUUUCGUGGUUUUUCAGUAAGAAUUAUUUAUUAUAUAAUUAAUUAUUAAUGUUGAUUUUGAUAUUUGGGUUAUGAACAACUCAGCUUUUUUUCAGUUUUCCAAUUCUAGAUUUCAGGUUUGAAAUUGUCAAAUUCUAGAUACUUAAAAGAUGUUUUUCUCUUUCAUCAAGUAUAAAAGCUGAAUGCUGUUACCCUUUAUGUUUAAUAGGUCAUUUAAACAAGUCAAAGAUACAUAAAAAUAAUGAUGACUAUGCAUCUGCAUAAGGUUCAUACUUCAUCAUUUAUAUCUUGGGAAAACUUUGGCUUCAGGAAUCUGAAUUUUUAAAAAGUUACAAAUUUAACACAAAGAAAAAAAGAAAAAGGAAAAAAAAGAAGGAAGGAAAAAUAAAAAGGGCAAUUUAUGGAAAAAGGUAAAGUCAGAAAUGUAUUUAGAGUAGCUUCCAUAAACAUAAAUUAUAGGAAAAUUCUUGAAUAGAUUAACAUUAUAUCACAGUAGAAAAUAAUACCUAAUUUUUAAAUAAAUAAAUAAAUAGAUUGUAUGGGGUAAUGGAUGCCUUUAGCUAAUCCUAAUAGUUAAUCGAUUUGUUAGAUAUCAGUGUUGAAUUUUAAUGUGUUCACUAAAAGAAUGAUGUUUGACCAGUUCCUCAUCAAUAACGAGUUGUAUAUGAUUAAGUGCAGCAUUUGUGGAUUGCACUUUCAGAAAUUCAUCCACAAUGCAAUGUUGCACAAAUUAACCUCAUGCGCUUAUGUGCAGUUCUGUUCAGACAAAUGUGUAUUUAUAUAUGUAGAUAUUUCAAUGUUGAAGUUGUUCCUUUUAGCUGUCAGUGAACGACCAUUGAUGAAUCACUUAAUUAUUAUUAUUUUUUCUUUUGGCAUGAUUAAAUUUUGAAUUGCUUUGUUCAAUGUGCAUUGUAAUGAAUACUUGGAAAUUUACCUCCAUAAUUAUAUUAGAAAAAACUUUUCUGAAUCUAAUUGAUUUUGAAUCACUUCAUCGAUUUUUAAGAGUAAAAAAAAAAAACUGUCUGAUAUUACAUAAUCCUGAAGGCUUGCAGUUAACACCUACCUGCUAUACUUUAUGUUGUUCUCGAUGGCCAUAUAUUAAAUGGUACAGAUGAUGGUAGAGACUGCUAGUGGGGGUGAUAACAGCUUUCUUAAAACUGAACUUGCUGAUUUGGUUGUUACCUUGUGAUGAUCUUCAUGUUCUUGUGAUAAAAUUAACCAACCAAUGACUUCUGUUGGACUGUAUGACUUACUGCUACGUUACAUUUUCCUGAUAUUUCUUUCAACUUUUGUUACUUUAUAUCAUAAUUUAAUCACUUCCAUAUUUACGUCAUCAUUGGCUGCUUGACUGAUUGCCUUUUACUCUUGGUUGAGCAAGCUUAUGAUACCCAACAGAGCUUUUCUUUGUUUACCAUUUGUGUAAUUAACUCAUUAUUUCAUUAUCCUGUGAUUUUAAAUUUCUUAAAAUUUGUUGCGAUAUUUUUAAAAUUUAUUAAAUUACAUUGAGGGAUGAUUUAUUUCCUUUGUAUAGGAUAUCAAAGUUAAAGAUAAAGUUAAUAAUGGCACUGAUAGUAGCGCUGUAAUUAAAUUGGUACAUAUCAGUAACAUUUGUUGUCUUUGACCCUCUGUCUAAAAAAAAAUUAUUUGCUUGGCAGAGUUAUGUGAAAAUCUUUAUGGUGUCUUCCUCUUUCAUUUUUUUUUUUAAUGCUGUAGCUUAUAAACUGGCAACUAGUUGAACUGCAGUAAAUUGUGUGCAUCUUCAGAGAGUCUGUCAUGCCUUAAACAUAGUGGUAGCAAAAUUAGAAACUAUAAUGGCUUAUUAUAAUGGCUGCAUUGUAGCAAUGUUAUUCUGUUUGAAUGAAUGGGAAAAUAGUUGUUUUUUUAACAUUGAUUUCAACCAGUCAUUUCAUUUAAAUAUUUUAUUUUGUGAAAACAUGAAAUGGCUAAUAUUUGACCCUAUUCAAAAAGAAAAUAUUAAUUCAAACAAUUAAUUCAUUUGAAAGAGCAUAUGUCAAAUACUGUAUGAUGAACUUUGUUGUUGAUUACACAUUAUUUUUCGUAGGAUGUGUUAUAUUUUACCAUACUUAAAUGAUAAGAACCAAAGACAAGGCAACAUGGCAGUAAAUCUUCACUGACAUCUUAGCACUUUGAGUGUGAUCAGUUGAUUUUUUUUUUUUUUUCAUUUAAAGUCUGUCGUAAGAUACUUUUCUCUUCAUUUCUUUGACUUAGAUUAAUUUAUGACUGCGCUACAAACACCUUAAAGAAGAUUAUUACCGGUAUGUGAAAUAAAUAAGCUAUAUGAAAUUUAACUAAUUUUUGACUUUUGCAUUAACACUUUUACGAGAGAUUAAUCCCUUUUAUUAAUACAUUACUUUGAAUAUUCAGUGCAUAUUUGCUACACAAAUUUUUGUCAUGAAGGAUAAGCUCAGUUCAUUACUACAAAAAUAUUCAUAUGUGGCAUUAACUGAUACAUUUGUGUAUCCUUCUAAAUACACUGCAGUCUUAUAAAUAAUUAGCCCUGUGACAGUUCACUGAUACCUCUCUGUUUACUUCUAAAGAAUUAAUUAAAUACAGUCCAGUGUUAUAAAUAAUUAGCACUGUGACAGUUAAUAGUUUGAUGUAAAAUAUUCAGUAGGGCAUUAGAUUCCUUUUAACCAAUGAACUCUUCUAGGGAAGUAUUGAUCUCUAUUAGCAAAUGAGUUACUGCUGAUACCAUAAAGGCAUGAUAUAUACUUUUAUUGCCACAGAAUUUUGAUUGACUUGUUUUAAAUUUAUAUUUAUAACACCGUCACUACUUAAACCAUUUGUUUGUGUCCUCAAAAGGGAAGAAGUUAGCUUCACUGGAGUUAGUUGCUUUAGUGUGUCAACAGUGUUUUAUAAUAGAUGUGUUUCCUUGUGUUUACAGUUUUUUGGUUUUGUAGAUUUUGGCGCAAUGCCAUGAUUUUCAUAUAAGAAAAAAAUUAGAAUGAGUUAUUGGAGUUUUCUGAUUCCCUCAAAUUUGUUGAAAUUCAUAUGCACUAUUUUUGUUGCACUCCAAGCAAAGCCUGACUAAUAUCCCUUUGGGAUAUAAUAAUUUGAAAAAGUUGAUGAAUUAGUGUAAUGCUGUUAAUUAUUGAUCAGUAAGUUAAAACAUUAAACCAUUAAAACACAAAUGUAUGACAUAGAAUUUGUCACAAUUUUUGCCUUUAUAAUCAGGCUGAAAAAUUUGCUGGAUCAGAUUUAAAAGCUUUUGUACUUAUGCAGCAAUUGACAAUUUAAAAAAGGAAUAAAACACCUCAUUUUUUCCUGAUCUCGAACAUUUGAACACUUUGACAUUCAUAAUAUUUUAUGACAGCUCUUAAACUUAAAGAAAUGUCAAGCAUCAAACCAUGAUCUAACACCUCAUGUCUUAUUUUAGUCUGGCUUGGGUUUUUUAAUUCCUACAUGUGAAAGAUCCGUUUCAUUGGAACCUAACAUUGCAUAACCUUAAAACAAUGACGCUAUUGAUUUGAUGUUUUGAUUUAUAAUGAACUGUGCAUAGAUAGUCACAGUGGCGCCACUGUUUUCAGGGGAAAUUGUCAUCAUCAACUCCAUGCACCAUUGUCAUCACACCUCACAUCAACCUGACAUCUAAAACUAACAUUUGUCCCUUGGGUCCACACUUCAAAAGUUAUUGUUUGCAGGGAAAGAUUACUCUAACUAUUUCAUCUUGAUAAACAUAUAAAUGUUGCUGAAUGUACGGGUAAUUUUAUUUGUUUUUUGUUGAUUUAUGUCCCUCUGUCCCAAUGCCACAUCAGAGGUUCACGUGUUAGGUUCAAGUAAACAAGUGGCCAAAUUUCAUAUUAGUGAUCAGUAAACAAGUGGCAAAUGUCAUAUUUAGUGAUAAGUAAACAAGUUGUCAAAUGUCAUAUUAGUGAUAAGUAAACAAGUGGCCAAAUGUUAUAUUAGUGAUCAGUAAACAAGUGGCCAAAUAUAUUAGUGACCAUUUAAAAAAAAAAAGUGGCUGAAAAUCAUUGGUUAUUUUAUGAACAUUUUAAUAAGUAGUUUUCAUGUUUAAAUAACUGUUUGUUUAGUAUCUUGAAGGCAUUGUUAGGUGUUGACUAUAGGUUAGGUUCCCACCUCACUAUUAUAUGAAUAUAGGACCAAAAAUGUGAGCAACAACCUACAAAUAAAUGGACACAUUUUAAUUGUAUGAAUAUGUUAGUAUCUGUCAUUUCAUAAGACCAGAGUAGCCAUUUAAUUUAAAAAAACUGCAUACAUUUGUAUACAUUGUAAAGAAAUGAAAGCUACAAGAUUAUCUAGAUCAGUGUUUCCCAACAUUGUGUGUGUGUGUGGGGGGGGGCAGUCCAAUGACUAUGGGGGACAAUUAUUAGUCUCUGACAUAGGAAAUGUAUUUACCUUUGAAAAAGGGAUUGUUUAUUGUGGGAUGGCAAAGUUUGCCAGGAUUCUAUUUAUUAGAGAUAACUAAUGUUAAUUAUUGUGUGUUUAUUUAGAAAGUUAACUUGGCCUAUCUGACCUGCGGAACCCUUAUACAUAUUGAUGUCCUUUUUUUCAUUGAGUUAUUUUUGCCACGUUUUGAAUUGGUUCGCGUUUUUUAUUUUUGUCUGGUAAAGGAAUAUCAGAUGAAUGACAUGUACACAUUUAAGAAGGAAAUGAAAUAUGACUUGGUCUUUUUUCAAAAAGUCAAUUAUGUUUUGAAUUAUGUUAGAGCACAUUCUAUCACUGCUGUUUUAUAUAUAGAGCUUGACUACUGUUGAAAUUUAGACUAAUUUUAUGAGUACUUGAUGUUUCACUGUUAUCAGCAUUGUAGAAUAGAGUCCAAGUUACUUGGCAUAGUCUGACCCUCACUACAAUUAAAUUUUACCUUAUUAUAGAUGACGUGAUAUCAUAUAGAGUUGGAUAACUUUGUGCCUCCAACUCCAAAUUUUCCUUUUGAAUGGCCUGGAAGCCAAUAAAUGAUUUCAAAUUUUUAAAGAACAAAAUUCUAAAAAACAUAACUGUCAUGGAAUUGAAUGUGGCACCCCUAUAUAUUCCCAUUCACACACUUCUUGAUGGCCACUGCUUCAUGGUCACUGGAUGGCCACUACUUCAUGGUCACUGCUGUGCCACAGCUCACACAUUAGCAGCCUUAUUCACCCUUCCCCUCAACCCUAAACUUGAAAUACCCACCCUAAAUGUAACACUAUUUAUGUUUGACAAGGAUGGUCAUCAGUCCAGUGUAUAUGCAUUAUGGCAUGACCACUGACUGUCCACCAUUCUCUCUAUUCUCUCCCUCACUACUUCAAAUGUUUUGUGUUGAUCCCCAUCAUGUAAGAUGGGUCUCCCCUCUCCAACCCAGGCACAUUAUAAAUAAGACCUGGGACAUAAGUUGACUGUCGUUCUCAGUUAUUGGAUACUCUGUUGUUUUCACCAUCAUAUCAUUGUGCAAUGUCAGUCAAACUUAGCUAGACAGUCAUCCUUCGUUCCUUGUCAGUCAUACAUUUUUUGUUGGUUGUUGCCAUUGUUGUAAAUUAGAACUGUUGUCAUCGGCUCCUCACAUCCGAGACCGGUUGUUGUUGGAAGUGAUUUGCUGUCUAGUCACAUGAAACAUGUCUUAGUGCCAUACACACACCCGGUUCUCUCCAUACUUAAGAUACCUCGUAAGCUUUAGAAACCCGGUUGUCUCUAUAUUUGAGUAUUACAUAGCAAUUCUAAUAUGUUUGUAUUUUAUUGAUAAUAUUAUGAACGUAAGUUGCAUGCAUCUUUUUUUUUUUGCAGGUUAUUCUGAAUAAUUACCUCUAUACAUGGUAGAUGGUUAUAUGUUAAAAUAAUAUGAGAUGAUAUUAUGACAGAGCUAAAAGCUGGAGGAAAACAUUACAGAUAUAAAGACAAGAAGAAAAAUGAAUGAAAACCAGUAGUAGAUAAUUCAUUGCUGAAAUUUGAACAGUUAAUGGAAUAGCAUUAAUAUGAUAAUGAUGAAAUCUAUGACAUUCACGUCUCAAGCCCAUUUAAAGAUAGAAAUGAUCAAAUGGGGAUGUUUACAGCUACCACUCUCUGAUAGAUUAGAAAUGUUCAAAUGGGGAUGUUUACAGCUACCACUCUCUGAUAGAUUAGAAAUGUUCAAAUGGGGAUGU